AAAGAAAUCCUAUAUAAUUGAAGCAGAGAGCACAACACACACAAGUGGCACUCUGUCAUCCAGAAAAUGCUUCACUUCACCCCUCCUAUGGAAACAGUUGGUUUGGCCACUCCGAUGACAAUAGCAGCCAGAAUGGGAUCAGGGUGGUCAACAACCCCUGCGUUUGUAAACCACACUUUUCCGUUGUCUGUGUCUGUAAAUAAUAAGACAAGAACGAGUUGCAGUUGCAGAAGGAGAGAUGACGAUCCUCUGUCCACUUUCUCUGCUUACGCCGUCCUGGGAGUCCAACCCAACUGCUCUGCCGGUGAAAUUAAAGCCGCUUUUCGAGCCAAAGUGAAGCAGUUUCACCCAGACCUCAACAGAGACGAAAAUGAAACAUCGGAUGUUAUGAUUCGCCGUGUAAUUCAAGCAUACCAGAUACUUUCCAACUACACACCAUCACAAAUUAUUGAAACGGAGUGCUUAGAUCCCUUUGAUAGACCAGAGUGUGAAGCUUUUGAUCUUUUUGUUAACGAGCUUCUUUGUGUUGGAAAAGCCUGUUCAAAUCCCUGUGUUGAAAGAGCAUCUCAUGCUUUCACAUUUGUCCCUUCUACUGGAACAGCGCGUGCGUUUUCUCAAGAUCAAGGGGAAGAUUACCAAGUUCAGUCUGCUGUUGGACAAUGCCCUAGAAGUUGCAUUCACUAUGUAACCCCAUCACAGAGAAUUCUUUUGGAGGAGUUACUUCACAGUAUACUGGAUGUACCCUAUGAUACAUCAGCUGAGGCAGAAUUCCUCUAUUCACUUAUAACCAAAGCUAAGUUUGAGAAUAACCGAUACCAAAAGCCAAAGAAGAAAACCAAAUUUUCAACCCAACAUGUUGAUUGGUUUUAACGUCACUGUGUCUUCACUCCCCAACCUAUAGAUACACCAUAUUAAUAAGUAUAUUAAAUAAAUUAGAAACGAUAAAUAUAAGAAUUUAACCAAUUUUGAUAAUGUGGUGAAAUGGAGAAAUUUCUUCAAAUUGUAUUAUAUUAAUAUCAUUUCUUAUGGUAAUAUUAUCGUGACCAUAAUAUAAAAAUUGAAUUUGAACCGUCACAUAAAGUUGAUAAUACGGUUGAAGUUGAUUUCAUUUCAUCCACUAAUAAUAAGUGA